CAGGGAGACCAGAGAAUGAUUGUGCAGCUGAGUCCUCCUAACAAAUGCCAAGGAUUGUCCCCCUUGUGGUUCGCUGCAACUAAAUGAAACAAUUAUCAAAGCAAGAAGGCAGCUUCUAAUCAAGAGGGAUAACAUUGCUGUUUCCUUAAAGUGCUGGAGCCGAAGGGGGAAGAAAGGGUCGGUGUGUGCGGUGUCUUUUUAACCUUGAUGAAGGACGCAGCAGUAUUUAUUGACGUAUGCAAAUAACUGGGGGAGGGUGGUGCUUGGGAAAAAACAGGAACCAGAAUCAGUUUCUCAUUGCAGGGUGAACACUCUGAGUUCCGGUGAAGGGAAAAGAGACGUGGCGAAAUUGCCGUCUUUCUGUCUUAUAAGCACAUCUCUCACUAAUACAGAAAAGGAACCAAGACACCAGAAAGGGUGAAGACGCUAUCAGAGUAUUUUUAGAGAUCUAGCGCGAACCCCAUCCCCUCAUCUCCCCCAGCCCGAACUGUUCUUCUAAAUGGGAGAUUAUGGAUUUGCCUUGCAAUUGGCUAGUAGUGGUGGCACUGGAUUUUCGCAAGUAAAACACCCGCCUGCUUCAGCGAGGGGCGUUAAUGAUCACAUUGACAAUAACGCGUCUCUUUUUUCCCGUUUCAGCUGCCCAAACCAUGCAGGAUGAUUUACUGAUGGACAAAAGCAAAACCCAGCCCCAGCCCCAGCAGCAGCGGCAGCAGCAGCAGCCCCAGCCCGAGCCCAGCGCAGCCGAAGUCCCAUCCACGCCCCUCUCUUCAGAGACCCCCAAGCCGGAGGACAGCAGCGCAGUGCCGGCCCUCAGCCCUGCCGCGGCCCCGCCGGCCCCCAACGGCCCCGAGAAGAUGCAGAUGGAAUCGCCGCUCCUGCCGGGCUUGAGUUUCCACCAGCCCCCUCAGCAGCCGCCGCCGCCGCCUCAGGAGCCCGCGGCUCCGGGCGCGUCGCUGUCGCCGUCCUUCGGCAGCACCUGGUCCACAGGCACCACGAACGCGGUGGAAGACAGCUUCUUCCAGGGGAUCACCCCAGUCAACGGGACCAUGCUCUUCCAGAACUUCCCGCACCACGUCAACCCAGUCUUCGGAGGCACCUUCUCCCCGCAGAUCGGGCUGGCGCAGACCCAGCACCACCAGCAGCCGCCGCCGCCGCCCGCGCCGCAGCCGGCACAGCCUGCGCAGCCCCCGCAGCCGCAGCCCCCGCAGCAGCGUCGGUCGCCGGCCAGCCCCAGCCAGGCGCCCUACGCUCAGAGGAGCGCCGCCGCGGCGUAUGGUCACCAGCCCAUCAUGACCAGCAAGCCGUCCUCGUCCUCGGCCGCCGCGGCCGCCGCAGCUGCCGCCGCCGCCUCGUCCGCGUCGUCCAGCUGGAGCACGCACCAGAGCGUGAACGCGGCCUGGAGCGCGCCGUCCAACCCGUGGGGCGGCCUGCAGGCUGGCCGGGACCCUCGCCGGGCGGUCGGCGUGGGCGUGGGCGUGGGCGUCGGGGUGCCUUCGCCGCUCAACCCCAUCUCACCGCUCAAAAAGCCCUUCUCCAGCAAUGUGAUCGCGCCGCCCAAGUUCCCCCGCGCGGCUCCGCUCACCUCCAAGUCCUGGAUGGAGGAUAACGCUUUUCGGACCGAUAAUGGGAACAGUCUGUUGCCAUUUCAGGACCGGAGUAGGCCCUAUGACACUUUUAACUUGCACUCGUUGGAGAACUCCUUAAUGGAUAUGAUAAGGACUGAUCAUGAGCCUCUGAAAGGUAAACACUACCCUCCCAGUGGCCCACCAAUGAGUUUCGCUGAUAUAAUGUGGAGGAAUCAUUUUGCAGGACGCAUGGGGAUAAAUUUCCAUCAUCCAGGAACAGAUAAUAUUAUGGCACUUAACAGUCGAUCUUCUCUCUUUCCCUUUGAAGAUGCCUUCCUGGACGACAGCCAUGGUGAUCAGUCCUUGUCAUCUGGCUUAAGUUCUCCCACUCGCUGUCAAAAUGGGGAAAGAGUGGAACGCUAUUCUAGAAAGGUGUUUGUUGGAGGCCUUCCUCCUGAUAUUGAUGAAGAUGAGAUCACUGCCAGUUUUCGCAGGUUUGGACCCCUCGUGGUAGACUGGCCUCACAAAGCUGAAAGCAAGUCCUAUUUUCCUCCUAAAGGCUAUGCCUUUCUGCUGUUCCAGGAGGAGAGCUCAGUACAAGCUUUGAUAGAUGCCUGCCUAGAAGAGGAUGGGAAACUGUACCUGUGUGUGUCCAGCCCCACCAUCAAGGAUAAACCGGUGCAAAUUCGACCUUGGAACCUAAGUGACAGUGACUUUGUAAUGGAUGGUUCUCAGCCUUUGGACCCCAGAAAAACUAUCUUUGUUGGGGGAGUUCCACGACCCCUUCGAGCUGUUGAACUGGCAAUGAUCAUGGACCGUUUGUACGGCGGUGUCUGCUAUGCUGGCAUCGAUACAGACCCAGAGCUGAAGUACCCCAAAGGUGCUGGCCGCGUGGCGUUCUCCAAUCAGCAGAGUUACAUUGCGGCCAUCAGUGCUCGCUUUGUGCAGCUCCAACACAAUGACAUUGACAAACGGGUGGAAGUGAAGCCAUACGUGCUGGAUGAUCAGAUGUGUGAUGAGUGCCAGGGCACGCGCUGUGGUGGGAAGUUUGCCCCGUUCUUCUGUGCCAACGUCACCUGUCUGCAGUAUUACUGCGAAUACUGCUGGGCGAGCAUACAUUCUCGCGCCGGGCGGGAGUUCCACAAACCGCUGGUGAAGGAGGGAGGCGAUCGCCCUCGCCACGUCCCCUUCCGCUGGAGCUGAGCCCAGGGCAGACCCAGCCACAAGUACUGGAGUAGAUAACAAGGAGGGAAAAGAGAGGGCACUGCCUCAGGGCUUACAGUGUUCUGGAAAUCUGUGCAUUCGUUCUCGAUUUUUAAAGAAGAAAUGGGUCUUUUUAUUAUUAUUAUUUACAGUCAUAUUACUGAACUCAGUGUCCAGUAUAAUGCAAAACUGCAGAGUGUAUAACGGUACUGAUUUGCACUUUGAUUCACACCUUUGUCUGCUUGGUACCUUAAUUCCUUACACCUGACUUGUCACUAGUGACAGUAUGUAGACUGCCAUUCUCAUCAGCGGCCAUCAGGUUGAUCUCUGUGAUUAUUUCGUUUGUUGUUGUGUUGUUGUUGUUCUGAUUGUUUUUGAACUGGAGCAUGCACUUAUUUUCAGAAACUUAGAGCGUUGCCCCUAGGAGAAGACUUACCAAAGGUAAAACUCGUGAGUAGGUGGCAGAUGUAGCAAAAACUUCACAACAAUUCAGCAAUCAUUAGUGGAGGUCAUUUAGAGUAAGUAUAACCCUUAACGAAAAUAAGCCUUUAGUUACUCUCUAUUUUGACUUGUAAGGAUACCUCAUAAGCUGGAUCUUUAUUUUUCCUUCAUGUUUGAUUUUUGUUUUGCUGAGGAUUUUGGUUAGAUCUUUUAGUGUUAUGUAAAUUUAUGCUGCAAUAGCUUUUGCUGCUAUUAAAAUGGUAUUAUUAAUACCAUAAUCCUCUAUUCAGGCUAAGGUAUCAAUUAAAAAAAAAAAACCCAACAACACACUUUUGUGACUUAGGGAUAGAGUCAGCUGCCGAAAGGAGAUCAGAAUAGAUUUCAGAAAGCUUCAAUGGAAGGUCGAUAUUUCUGACUGCAUGUUUACUUAAUCAGGUUGCUGCAUGCAAUAAAUUUUAUAUCCAAUGUCUAGUAUAAAACCUUCCCACAAUGCACAAAUUAAGAAUCUAUAUAAGCUAUAUAAGCUAUAAAAUACUCAUUUUUUUUAAAGAUUUUUUUUUUCAUUCAAAAAAUUGGUAAUUGACUGGAGGAAGGCAUGCCUCAAUAAAUGGAAUGCUUCUGAAGUUAGAACGAGCCCAUAACAGAAUGACCUAUAUAACAACCAAUGUAAAACCUAGGUGUAGGAUAUUCUUAAAGCAAAUUUGUGGAUGGUAGAUGAAGUACUUUGCGGUGCUCUGUUAUAUAUUGUGCAAUUUAUUUUAUAUAGUAAAGUGAUUAUGUCUUUAACUGUGAUCAAACUGAACUGUUUAAAGCCUCUGUGUCAGACAUUAACGAACUUGACAGUUCAUAACUGGUACAUUAUUAACUAACACAUGAGCUCUUAGUUACAAUCUCCUAGUGCUUGCACCAUUUUACAUAGCUUCAGAUCUUGUCCGGAAAACCAAAGAGCUCAUCUUAGCUUACAAACACUAGGAAUAUAUACAGUAUAUAGAGAUAAGCUGUCAGAUUGACAAACUAGGCACUUUUUAAGAAAGUUGCAUAAUGGUGAUGCUAAAGAAAUGUCUGUGCAAAAUAAGAUGGCCUGGGCAGAGCUGGUUGUCUAGGUGAGAAAUUAACUACUUAAUUCCCUGGAUUUAUCCUGUAAAGCUUGAAUAGAAUUCAGACCUGCUAGUACUACCCUGGACAUUUUUUUAGCAUUCACUCUUGGGCUACAGAUAGUAAUAUAUAAACACACACACUGAUUGUGAGAAUAUGUAAAUCCUUUUUUAUCUUCUUAUGUUUUGGAAUUCUGGGGACAAUCUGACUGGAUAUGACACUGCAGAGUAGAUUUAAGUCGCUGUUUUAUGUGCUGUGAUGUCCUUGUUCUGUCUUAAGUUACUAUUGCUUAUUUUUGUUAUGUUUCUCCAGUGUUUAGUUGCAAUUACCAGCGCUCAAGCUAUAGUUUGUUUUCAAAAAGGAAAAAAAAAUAGUUUUUUACUGGAUUAAAAAUGAUUAUUAGAAUUCUCCCCUUUUGAGGUUACCUCUGGGCUUUUUGGUAAUACUGCUUUUUUCUAGCCCAGGUGUGGUUUUCUGUUUGUUUGUUUGUUUGUUUUUCCUGUGUUUGUGGUUUUUUUCAUCUGUAUAAGAAAUUUUGUUAUGCACUACUUUUUGUAUUCUAGACAGUUUUCAAAAGUUGGCUGAAGAUUUUUGUUUGUUUGUUUUUAAGGAAAAAGGCAUGCUUUCUGACUGACGUGAUCUUUUGCAAUACCUCAAUUUUGAAAUAUAGGAAAGAAAAUGAUAUUUUCUAAGUAAGUUUAUUCAGAAAAAUAUAUAUUAAUUUAAUUCUGCAAGAAAAAUGAUUUAACAGAUGGGUAACUUUAUUUUUUUCAUGCUUAUUUGUGUUUUUUGAAAAUGAAGAAGCUAGAGCUUUAUAACUAUAAUAUUAAAGAUCAUAUCUAACCUACAGAAAUCUACCUAAUUAUGUGAAAGAAGCAAAACUUUUUAAAGAAGCACCCCUCUUUCAUGUACUAAAACAAUACUAGGAGAUUAAAAAAAAAAGCUGGAAGACUGUACAGUGUAAAGCUAAAGUGAAAGCAAAAAAGCAUUGUCAUGAAGAAUAGGUUACACAAAAUCAACUCCAUUUGGUGCUGAAAGUUGUGAGUAGAUGGUGGAAACUACUUUCCCUUAAUUUGUAUAUUUAUAAUCAAGCAUUGAUUGUGCACGACUGACCAGGAUUGUGAAAGAUUCUUCUGUUUGUAUUUUUUUAAAGAGAACUUUUUUAGUUUAUUAAAUUAUAACAUGUUCCCUUUUGUUUUGUAAAUAAAUGUGCCCCCAAGUUGUUAAUGUUGUAUUAAAAGAGAGGGUCCUUCAAAAAAAAAAAAAAAGUUAUUUUUUAAAACACAGAGGUGUUCUGACCUGCAGCUUGACUGGGAAGCCCCUGGGUAACACAGGUCCUGUUGUGGCCUUUCCUUGACGUGACACUUGAACUAGUCGAUUUUUUGAAGGCUAUAACCUAACCUCGACUAUUUGUUGUUAUGUGCAAUACUGUUUGUACUGUUUGUAUAAAAAAUAGAAAAAAAAAGACAAGAAAAAAGGCAUAAAUCUUUAUUGCAGAUUUAUUUUCAUUGCAAACUUUAGACAUUGUGAUUCACUGAAAUCAUUUUUCUACUGUCAAAUAUGUACCUUUUCUUCAUGCUGGUAUUUUUUCAAUAGUAAUGUAGCCUUUGUACUGAGACAAAUUUUCAUUGUUAUUUUUAGAAAGAUUUUUUGCUAAGAAAAAAAUUAAACAUAUUUACAUAUUUUUCAUUUUAUUUCGUAUUUUCUUUAAAGGAGUGCUUUCUCAAUCAUUAAUAGAGUUGUUUCUGGGAGGGACUUUCAUAUCUGGUCAAUGUCAUAAUAUUAUUUUGUAUUUUUACUUGGAAUAAAUUAAUUUUAUGAUGCUAAUUCUUUAAAAGUUUAUUUUUUUCAUUUUCAGUUAUUUUUGAAGCUAAAACCUUUGUAAUAUUGUUACUAAAGUGUCUAGUUUUUUGAAAUGCAAAGCUUUAUGUAUUAACUUGCUGAUGUGGUUUACAAUAGUGUGACAACGAUGAAAAUGGUUGGUUAUGUAAAGUGACUGGAAAAUGUAAUGGAUAAUUGGGUAAUAAAAUGACAGAAUGAAGCAGAA